AUGUUUAUUUUAUUUAUAAUUUCGAAAUUCGCUUUGGGAUGUCAAAUAAAUGGUUAUGAAUCAGGGGUUUGUUCACAAAGAGUCCAAAUAUCUGAUGGAGUAGAAUUCUGUAAUUACGAGCUUGACGAUUAUAUUUGUGUUCCUGAACUGAGAAAAUUAUGGCCAGAUCAUACUAUUGAAAGUAGAGACAAAGAAAUUCGAUUGGAUUUCGUGGCCUAUAUCAGGGACAGAUUAGUUUAGGAAAUCAACGGGGAGGUAGAUAGCGUGUUAAUCAAAGACGAUACCUGUUACAAGGCAUAUAAGCAAUUCUUGUGUAAAUGGAAUUUCCCUCCUUGUGACUAAACUACAAAUCUGACGAUUCCAAUUUGUCAGAGCUACUGCACUUCAUAUUAUGAAAAUUGCGGAUUGAAUUUGACGCCCUGUCUGCAAUAUUUCUAGAAAUUAGUAUAAUUAAUCCAAUUAUUAUUAAGAAACCAGGUUUAGAUUAAAAUUGCUGAUAUGUUUUAUUUAUAAAUUUUUAUUAUUUUUAUGAAAUCAUUAUCGGUAUCUAAAUACUAUAACAAUAAUAGUUUAUUGACUCCUGACAAACGAUUGAGUAGAUAAACAACCUAAUCAACUUAAAAAAAAGAUGCGCUUUCUGUCUAAAGCUAUUUCUCUGAAUAAUCUUAUCUUAAAUCGGAGGCUUCGAAAAAGGAGAUAAUCAGAUUGAUUAAAUCCACUGUCGACAGCAUCGAUAAAAACAUUGGCAUGAGAGAGUUGAAUGUUAUUUUGACUAAAUUGCUUGCGGGAUUGAGUUCUUGUAUCAAUGAGUAGGAUAUGUCUCUCAUCUUGAUCUAACUUAUACAAUCAAUCAAGCAAAUUAUACACAACAAUUAAACCAAUGAAAAACAGGUAUAUGAUUAAGAAAGGGCUCAAUUAUUGAUACAAUUAUAACAAUUAGAAUAAUAAUCCAAAGAGAACUAAUUGAAAUUCGAAAAUAAGCUCAAGGAAUACGAAAUACAACACAGAGUCUUGCAAUAUUAAGAUGAAUUGAAUCAAAUGAAGAAGAAUCAAGGCAAUAAAGAUAACCUCCAUGAUCGCAAUAAAUUAAAAGACUAAAUCAAGGAAAUGCAAUAAAAAAUGCUUACACUAUCAGAGAAGGAGCGUAAACUAAUACAGUUGGUGAAGGCAGUUAAAUCUAGAGGAAUAGAUGUUGAAAAGAUUUAUAAGAAUCUUAAUGUCUUCAGCAGUAAAAAUAGCAAAAGAACAAGUAAACAAUCGAAUUCAGAAGUUGAAGAUAUUUCAUUCACUGAAUCGAAUCUGGCAGACAACUCUUAAUUAGAUUAUAGUGUUGGGAAUAUUAAGAGACAUGCUAAAUUUGUAAUUGAUUGA